UUCGAUUUUUAAAAUAUUGUAAUAAAAGAAUUCUGUUUAAACGUAACAGAUGGAUUUAGAGCUAGACACUGGGCUUAAAAAAAACUGUCAUGUUUAUUAAUAAAAAGGGUUUGCCUCUUUUGUUAUUGUGGAUUGGGACGAUGCUCAACAAACAAACAUCCUUAUAUUACAUAACAUUUUGGGCUUGUAAAUCAUUCUCUUCCUCCUCCCUUAUUCUGUCUUACAGUUUAUUAAAAUUUUUCUCUUAUCCAGUAUUAUUUAUUUUUCUUUCAGUGUUUUUGCUCACUAUUUAAUUGAUAAUGUAAGUUCUUCAUAGGGGAAAAAAUGGCUUGAGAUUGAAUUUCUUUGAUC